AUGGCCACCUGUCAAGCCCUCGUCCUCCAUGGCGCCAAAGACCUGCGCCUGGAAUCCAGACCCGUCGCAGAGCCCACCGGCUCAGAAGUCCAAGUCGCCAUCCGCGCAACAGGUCUCUGCGGCUCUGACCUGCACUACUACAACCACGGCCGCAAUGGCGACUUUGUCGUCCGCGCGCCCAUGUGCCUAGGCCACGAGUCCUCUGGCAUCGUCACAGCCGUCGGCCCCGACGCCAAAACACUGCAAGUCGGGGAUCGUGUCGCACUCGAAGUUGGCCUCCCCUGCCGCAAGUGCCCGCUGUGCCUCUCCUCGCGCUACAACCUCUGCCCGCAAAUGGCCUUUCGCAGCUCCGCAAAGAUCUUCCCCCACCUCGACGGCACCCUCAUGGAACUCACCACACACCCAGAGGACAUGUGCCACAAGCUCCCAGACUCCGUCUCGUUUGCCGGCGGUGCCCUCGUCGAACCACUAGCCGUCUGCCUACACGCCAUUAGACGCUCAAACCCACCUCCUAGAUUCGCCGAUGCAACCAAGCAGACAAACGCAAGCACAGCACUCAUCUUCGGCGCCGGCGCAAUCGGGCUCCUCCUCGCAGCGGCCCUCGCUGCCCGCGACACAUUCGCCCACAUCGUCGUCGCAGACAUUGACGCUCCCCGCCUCGAAAUCGCCUCCUCCCUCGCUCUCCCCAACCUCUCCACCUUCCUCAUCCCGCGGCCCUCAACCCCCCCGGCGCGCGAUGCGCCCCACGCCGAACAAACAGCCUUCGCCCUCUCAACUGCACAAUCCGUCGCUGCCUCCCUCAAAGAAUCCAUCCCGAAUACCCUCGACACAGCAUCGCUCGGCUUCACCCGCGUCUACGACUGCACGGGCGUCCCCGCGUGCGUGCAGGCGGGUAUCUACGCUGCGUCACCGGGAGCAGUCCUCGUACAGAUCGGGAUGGGGAAUCCCGUGCAGACAGUUCCUGUUGGUGCGGCGGCGCUGCGCGAGGUUGAUAUUAUUGGCGUGUUCCGGUAUGAUGGGUAUGCGUACCCUGCGGCAAUCGAGUUGAUGAGUAGUGGGAAGAUGAGUGUUGUCGAGGAGAAGGUUGUCACGCAUCGGGUGCCGUUGGCCGAGGGGAAGAGGGCGUUUGGGCUUGCCGGGAGUGGAGUUGAUGAGGAUGGGAGGCCCGUUGUCAAGGUUGUUAUCGAGAGCUGA